CUUUCCAUGUUUUAUACUACAUGGAAAUGAAACUGUUCAAAUGUCCACAGUAUUUACAUUCAGUGAGAGGAUUGUCAUCCCAGUCAAUACUUUAUCUGUUGGUGACAAAAUGAUGUGGACAGUUACAAUGACGGUCGGUCAACGUACGGGUAAUUACACUACCACUGUAGAAAUUGUCAAUGUCUUGCCACCAUCUUUAGUUUUACAACUCACUAACAUCAUAGUUAACCCUGGAGAUAAACUUAGAAUACCAUGUACAGUUACCUCUUAUGGUCCAGUUAUGAUGAUGUGGUCUACAUCGUCCGAUAAUGGUUUUGAUUCAAUCGAUCUUUCGACUAUACUACCUGCUGAGUCAAUACUUCAAGAAUCAACAGUAUCAGUGACAAACAAGGACUUUUCCUUGUUCCUUGACUUGUCUGGUAUUGCUACGUUACCAGCAGGAGCUACAUUUGUAUUUGUUGUGUCGGCGUUUGCACUAGAUAAUGAACAGAGUAGUGAACAGAGGGUUCAUGUUACAGUUAAUUCUCCCCCAACAACUGGCGAUGUCCGGAUAACCCCAUCUAAUGGAACAUCACUGACCACGGAUUUCACUAUAGAUGUAGGCGAUGGUUGGACUGAUAUAGACGGAGAUAGUACGGUGUUCUUUUUUUCUGUGAAGGAGGCUAGCCUAAACAGAAUACGUCUGAAUGCAAGGGGUCUAUCUGACGUGUACAGCUAUAUAUUUAAAUUGACAGAAGGUAUCUUUAUCUGUAUAGAAAUGCAGUAA